AUGAAAUGGAUUCUAAUAAUCAGUCCAUUGAUGAAUCUAGUGAAGAAGAGGAAGACAACAACAAUCAGCCUCCUCAAAACUUUGGUUCCACCUUUAAGGAUAAAUGCUAAGGAUGUUCAAGAAAUAACAGCAAAACAAGGUUUAUCCCCAAGAGACAAUUCUCAAAUCAACAUGGUGAGAGUUCAAUUUCAAAUGGACCAUGCAAUCAGUAAUCCUAAUGGAAAAAUUUUGUUGUUUUGGUCUAAUGAAAUCACUAGUCAUAUUCUUGAAAAUCAUGAGCAACAUAUCACAAGAAACUUCAAGCACCCUAAUCUCACUGAGCAAUUCAUGAUGUCCUUUAUUUAUGCUAAAUGUGAGGAUCAUAUGAGGAGACCUUUGUGGGACAGGCUACUGUUUUAUGCUAGUAUGCAUGUACCUUACUGUACAAUACCAAACUUCAAUCUUAUCACAUCUAUAGAAGAAAAGCUUUGGGGAAUGCCUUACAACAUGAACAAGAGCUUUGAGUUUAUUAGUGUGAUAGAAGCAUGUGGUUUGAUUGAUUUAGGAUACACAGGGCUUCCAUUCACAUGGUGUAAUCGAAGGGAUGCACAAGCUACAGUAUGGAAGAGAUUGGAUAGGUCCAUGGUUAAUGAUAAAUGGUUAGAGGUUAUGCCUCAAACUACUAUUGAUCACUUAUCAUGUGUUAGUUCUGAUCACAGUCCCCUGUUGAUGGUACUGACUAGGACAAAGGAGAGUCAUACAAAGUACUUCAAGUUUUUACAUUUUUGGGUUGACAAUGACUCCUUUAUGAAGAUUGUGCAACAAUUUUGGGAUAAGGGAGUCAAUGGUAAUCCUAUGUGGAAACUACAUACGAAAAUGAAAAGGCUGAUAUCCACCCCCAGCAAAUGGUCAAAAAAGGAGUAUGGUGAUAUCUUUGCUAAAGUAAAGAAGUAUGAGGAGACAAUCAGGAAAGCUGAGGAAGACCUUCUUACAAAUAACACAUAA